AUGUACUCUACCAUGUUUACAGCAGGACUUUUUUUCCUCCAAGCGGCUCUCGCUGCGCCGCACUACUCAAGUGGCUACCAUUCCAAGCCCGCUUCCACCGUUUUUCAGCUCGAGCGCAAUGGCAGUUGGUUCGAGAAUCUUGCUGUGCGGUCCGAUGGCACCCUUCUCGCUACGCGCAUCGACGCCCCCGAGAUCUGGUCCAUCGAGCCGAACAACAACAGCAGCCAUCCGAGGCUCGGCUCGCUCCUCGUCACCUUCCCCGACGCCAUGAGCACGCUGGGCAUUGCAGAGAUCGAUUGUGAUGUCUUCGCCGUCGUUGCCGGCAACCUCUCCCUCCCCAACAUCAUCCCGACCCAUGGCUCCUUUGUCAUCUGGACCGUUGACCUCACCCGCGCAACCCCCUCGACCCAAGUUCUAGCACACAUGCCAUCUGGGGAAUUUCUAGACGGCAUGACCAAGUUUAGCGACGAUCUCCUCCUUAUUGCAGACGCUUCCAAGGGGGCAAUCUGGCGUCUCAACGUGAGAACGGGCGAACACUCGGUAGCCCUAUCCCAUGCCUCAAUGGGCCCGGCCACCGGGCAGCCCGUGACGGUAGGGGUGAACGGGCUCAAAGUGCUAGGUAACUACGUCUACUACACCAGUACCAGCCAGGAAGUCUAUGCGCGUAUACCGGUUGACGAUAACGCGACGGCUGUAGGCCCGGUCGAGAUCAUCACCAGCGGAUUUUACUUUGAUGGCCUUGCGCUGAUGGCUGAUGGGACGGCGUACCUCACGACGAAUCCACAGAACGAGGUGAUAGAGGUCUCACCCGAGGGACGUGUCCGGUUGUUUGCAGGGAACCAGUUCAUGCUGACGGUGGGCGGGUCGACUGCUGCCACCAUAGAUCAGGAACGUUCGAUUCUGCAUGUGGCGACCAGUGGUGCUCAGUUUGCGCCAGUUAUGGGCCGCAUGGAGCCUGCGAAGAUUGUGGCCAUUUCUUUAUAG